UUUGUUUCAGCUCGGCGUAAUUUGCGUUGUAUUGGUGUCACUUGAAUUCAAGUUAUAAAUAAAUUGAUUAAGAAGAUGUCGUCUACAAGGGCCGGAAAGUCAGGUUUGGCUGCCGAAGCUCAGAAAAAGAUUGAAGCAAAUUUCGAUCCAGAAGAGGCUACAAAAUGUUUGCACUGGAUCCAGAUGAUCACACACGUCCCAGAAAUCCCAUCAGAUCCCUCACAAAUCGACGGCUCCCACGACAAAUUCUACCAGCUCCUUGGCGAUGGAGUCAUCCUCUGCAAACUCAUUGAUAAACUCUUCCCCGGCAAAGUGAACUGGCAAGAUAAAAGUUUCCAGCCAGCCAAAAUCGAAGCCAUGAAGAUUAUGCGAGAACGAGAGCGCAUAGCCACCUUCACCAAAUUAGUCCAACAGUUCGGAGUAGCGGACACAGCCACGUUUCCAACGGAGUCCCUGCACGAGAAGGGAGCUCUCAACCUGGCUCAAGUCUGCGUCUGCAUCAGGGCUCUCGGCAUCGAGGCUCAAACGAAACCAGGAUAUUCGGGACCCGAUGGAUUUUGGCCAAAGAAGCACGAAAAAAAUUUGCGUGAGUUCAGUGACGAACAGUUGAAAGCCGGACAGAACGUGAUCAGCCUACAGUACGGAAGCAACAAGGGAGCCACCCAAGCUGGGAUGAACAUCGGGAAGAGCAGGGCGAUAUUAGACUGACCAAUUUGGAGCCAUGCACGAUGGGCCACGGAAAUGAAACCAACUUGUUUCUACUCAUUUCAUUUUAUUUGUAUUCAAUUAAUUAUUUAUAUAGUCAGCGACUGGAAAUAGUAUUUAAUUUAAAUCAAAAAAUUAUCUUUCGAUUAUUCAGCAUUAAAACAAUAAAGAGAUUGUUUCUGAGGUUA